AUGCGUCACAGCUCUCAGUCUUCAGCAAUACUUCCAAAGACAAAAAAUAGUAGCUCGAUAGAGCAGAGACCGGUACGAUCUUGGGUACAUCUGCUUGCUGGCGCCAAUGGAGGAUUAGCCACAGCGCUUGUUACAUCCCCGCUUGAUGGUCUGCGAACUCGACUCCAAUCAGAUUACCACCGCCCUUCUCUCGUUCCUGCGUCUCCCGUCCAGUCCAGGCUUACUUUUCUUGGUCCAUCGAAGGACCACAUUCGCGGCACCUUCCAGAUCAUUGGCUCCAUCUCCCAUACCGAAGGCUGGCGCGGCUUCUAUCGAGGUCUCGGGCCAAGCCUUGCAGGCGUAGUCCCUGCAACUGCAAUUAAAUUCUACGUAUACGGCAACUGUAAAUAUCUUAGAGCGCAGAUGCUAGGGUGCGGAGAAGACGCGGCCAUAGUUCACGCCUACGCUGCCGUUGCCGCUGGGAUAGCAACAGCGACUGCUACAAAUCCAAUCUGGCUUGUUAAAACAAGACUGCAGCUUGAUGCCUCAACAGUUGAAACACUGACGUAA